CUGUAUGGACUUUCUCUCAGGCAUGGGUGGGGUGUGAACGAAGACCGUGAGCGUGCGUUUGACUUCUUGAAGGCAGCCGCUGAGAACAGUGCGUUCAUUGAAGAAUAUGCCAAACGAGCUGGUAUGAAAUCCGAUGGAAAGUCCGAGCUUUCCAUGGCCUUUUUCGAGAUGGGUGUGAGUUACCAGCGGGGAUGGGGUACGAAGAAGGAUCUCAUAAAGGCUAAGGAGUAUUUUGAGCUCGCGGCUGGGUUGGGUGACACUGAUGCUAUGCUCGAAACCGGAAAGUGCUACGAUCUGGGAAUUGGAACAAAGAAGGAUCGAUACAUCAGUGCGCAGUGGUACAGGGCAGCAGAGAAGAAAGGGGUGAAGGUCCUUGGCAACACCUGGAUCUGGAAGGACAAGUACAACCCACCGACGGAACAAGGCAAGGCAGAGGUCACGGCGUGA